AUCAAAAUCAAAGAUGAAGAAAAAAACAACUAAAACCCAGGAAGCAAAAAAAAUCUUGAAGAAGAAAUUUAAAGUUAACACAAAAAUAGUCUUUACUGAAGAUGGAGAGUUAGUGCAGCAGUGGCCACCUGUGCAAAAAUCCAGUUUGGCGAAAGCAGAUGAGGAAGAUGAUGCCAGUGGUAUCAACUUGGAUAAAGCGAAAGAGAUACUGCGGGAAGAAGACAGAUUUGACAAAGAAGAAUACAGGAAGAAAGUAAAGGAAAAACAUAGGGAGAAAAGGCUGAAAGAAAAAGCAGCAAGGAGAGAAGCCAGGAAUAAGAACGCACAGGCUGAAGAGGAAACAGUGGCCUUUCUUGCUCACAGUGGAAGUGAAGAAGAGUUUGAUCCAAGUACUCUUCCAGAUCCUGAUAAAUACAAAGAUUCUGAUGAAGAGCAGGAUUCAGAAAGCGAAGACAGCUGUAGUGAACUUGAGGAGAAGAGUGGGAAGAAAAGAAGCUAUAGCAACAGUAAUGCAGCAGAAGAAAUGCCACUGAAAAGAAAGAAGGCAAAAUUCAGCCAAGAGGAGGACCCCUAUUUGCCAUUAGAUACUGGGCUUUCUCUGGCGGAGGAUGAAGAGCUUGUGCUACAUCUGCUCAACAGUCACAGCUAAUUAUUUUUCUGCAGGUUUUCUUUUCUGGGACAUCUUCACAAUUUUGUCAGUAGUCUACACAUGAUUAAUUUGGCAUCUGGGCAGCUGGGUACCAGUGGACGUAGAUAAAUGAGUUCCAUGUGCAAUGGGAUUGCCUAAGAUUGGCUCAUAGAUUAUAGACAAUAUUUAGUUUGAUUCAUAAGGCUUUCUAAACCAACUUUCCGGCCUAAAUCCCCAGAUGUCAUUUUGCAGUAACACGUUCAUAAUUUAAAAUCUCCAAGUUUUGAAGCAAUUGCCUUUUUUUAUUUUAACCUUUCUUUAAAUAAAAAUAGGAUGUUCCUUUCUUGACUGUCAGGUUUGAUAUUUCAGAAAAUAAAUGUGUACUAAAACUAUUAAAGAAGAAAUACUGUCGGCAGCUCAAAUCAUAUUACUU